AUGGCAUCUACUGGGGCGUCGAUCUCUGAGCAACGCGACUUGCGGAGGCGUCUAGCCAAGCGGGCAUCCACGGUGGUGCCCAAGGUGACAACAAGUCUACACAAACAGCGCCAAACUUUGACUGGUUUUUUCACAUAUUAUUUUUACUAUCUGGUACUUUUAUGGGUAUUCUUUUUGACCUCCAUUUACAAGAAUAUCCAAUAUGUGUAUCGCAGGAUGCGCCUAAAAGUCCUUAAUCUUACAUACCACCCGAGCCGCAGCCCGCAGAUCAUUCGUGACGACGUGACCAAGCUCGAUAAAUUGCCACGUCGAGUGGCUGCCAUUUUGGAUCUACGUGAUGACGACGAUGAAAAUGGAGGAGUCGAUGGACUUAUUAGUGAUAUCAGCGAAUUAGCGGCGUGGCUGGUGCUGGCAGGAGUUCCACACCUCACGAUUUACGAGCAUGAUGGAGUAGUGAAGCUGCACAUAAGUGAAUUGGUGCGGUAUGUAUCGAAAAAUCUCCGAUUGUAUUUUGGUACCGAUUCCAUCCCCACUUUUGCGGUGCGAGUCCCUCACACCAAUGCCACCGCGUAUUCGCACCCAGCAUUGGGUACUAAUGUGGAUCUCACCAUUAGCGUACUUUCGCGCGUGGAUGGUAAGCCUACCAUUUUGGAACUCACCAAAACCAUGAGUGAGCUCGCCGCCAAUAAGGAACUUUCCAUCAAGGAUAUCUCGGUGGAAUUAGUCGAUGAAGAGCUUGUGGAGCUUGUGGGCCCGGAGCCCGAUCUCCUCAUUUGUUUUGGGCCAUCAUUGGACCUCCAAAACUUUCCUCCCUGGCAUAUAAGGUUAACGGAAAUAUACUGGGAGCCCGGAAACACGGAUGUCAAUUACGCCGUAUUCAUUGCGGCGUUGCAGCAGUAUUCCCAAUGCGAAAUGAAGGUUGGAAAAUAG